GUGAUUGCUCAGUUCUUGGCUGCCCUAGUCACAACCCAGGAGUGUCCAAGAGAAACCAGGAGGAAAAGACUGCUUCUAAGCAAUUAUGAGGAAGGUGCUGGGAUUCCUUUUCCUGCUUCUCAUCCAAAGACAAUGCUGCUUUGGUUGUGCUGUGAGUGAGGAACAGCGUCCCCAGGUGACUUCUCUGCUCAACAAGAUGAUCCAAUCAGCUACUGCUCCAGAAGCCCUGCCGAACCCCAGCGUCUUAUUGGCUCUUCAGCUAGCUCAGAAUCACAGCAACAGCACUAAGCACAUCCUGCUUCAGAGGAUUGCCCAGGAUGCAGUAGACAGGUUUCAAAAUGGGAAACCUUUCUCUUCAGGCCAGAUAGCCCUGUAUGCUCUGGCUCACCAGGCUUCUUGCUCUGAUCCCCGAAAAGUAUCUGCCCAAGGAACCACUCUUGAUCUGGUGCAACUCUUGGAAAAGAAGUUUGAGAUGGAACUGGAGAAUAUCAAAAGCACUGGCAAUCCCCUGAGCAACUAUUACCAGCUUGGUUUGUGUGUUCUCACCCUCUGCCAACUUCAGGGCAGCUUCUCAGUCAGUAAGGCAGCAGACUUGUUCACUCCAGACCAAAAAAAGUAUUACCUUGGUGGCCAUUUCUCUGUAGACACAGCAUCACUAGCAGUCCUUGCCCAGAUCUGCAUACAAACCAGUGAUAACUCCACACUGCCUGAGACAAAUAUAAUAACAGCAAAUAUACAGUGGCUGCUGAACAAUACCCUGGAGCAGAAAAGAAGUGAUGGAGUGAUCGGGAACAUGUACAGCACUGGGGAGGCCAUGCAGGCACUGUCUGUGGCCAGUGAUUAUAUCACUCCUGGAUCAUGGAAUUGUAGCGAGACUUUGGACAAGGUUGUAAGUGAGAUACCUAAAGGCACUUUUGAUAAUCCCAUGGCUGCUGCCCAGCUCCUUCCUGCCUUGAUGGGUCAGACAUACCUUGAUGUAAGCACAGUCAACUGCUCUAUAGAAAAAGAUGAUCUCAUUCUGACUGUUCUACCAGCCAUUUCAUCCAACACUCAUCACCAGUCCAGCAACCUUAUUAAAGUCAAAUACAUGGUCACUGACAGUGUGAGCAACACCUUCACUGAUUCUACGACAGUCUCUGUCCCAAAGGGCUCAGUCUUACUCAGGGUCAUGGAGGCUGCACAGGAAAAUGACCCAAAGAGAUUCAGAUUUACGUAUGCAAAUAGAACCUGGGGCCCAUAUAUCACCUCUGUGCGAGGCCUGAUGGCUGACAACAGCAAGCGGACCUACUGGCAGCUCUUGAGUGGAGAAACUCCCUUGAGCAAAGGUGCUGGGGAAUAUGUUGUGUCAGAUGAAGAGAACAUGGUGGUAAAAUUCACCACUUACUGACAUCUGCAGUUAUCUGGUUUAAGAUACGGCCACUGUCUGUGUCUGACACUUUUUAGACUGCUGCCUUCCAUUUUCUAUAAUCACAAUCCCUACAUCAUGGGAUAUUUGCUACUGGGAUGUAAUGAAGUAGCAUUCAUAUCACAGUGAUAAUUGUCCUCCUUCUGUGUGUCUUCCCUUCCUGCUGCCUCUCCCACAAACUCUCAGCCCCACCAUUAUGCUUGUCUUUGGCUUUUUUCUUUAAUAUUAAGUCUGAGAAGAAGUGCUGGUGAAUGUGGAAGUUUGAUCACUACUUAUAGUUCAGAAACUACCUAAUAGUUUCUGAAGCCACACAAGAGUUUUUUUGAGCUGUUGUAAGAUGAACUCAUUCACAAGUGAGUUCAGGGCUGUGUGUUCCAAGUACUUAAUAUUGUGUACUCCGCACAAAAAUUUGUUCAUACAUAAGCGCCUACCAUAUAUUGACUCAAUAAAGGAAGCCGUGGCCUUCA